AUGGCUCGCGUCGACAACCAGGGAUGGGCAGCGGACGACGAAGGCAGUCUCCAUUUGACUUGUCCAAUUUCUCCUGUCUGUCAUCAGGAGAUGAAAACCUUUCUCAACCUUGAAUCUCCAACGAGCAGUUGCCUUUCGCUUUCACCCGUCGAGUACGCUCAUGCCGGGUAUUACAGCCCCAGCUUCUUGCUGUCGGAUCCAACACCAGGCGUUGCAACCGUCAUGGCCACCCAAGCACUUUCAAGUAUUGAAAUGGCAGAGUCUAUCGCUAGCUCAACCAGCGUGAGAUAUCUUAGUCAAGGCACGAGACUUGGCUCUUCCAAUAGUCUUUCAACAUUGCCAGCCUCGGUCAGGACAGUAACGACCACCGCCAGCUCUAGCAGCUCCACAGCAAGCCAAAACCGACAAUACAUUCUACCGAACGCUCGCCGGCGCUUUCGUCGACUACGUACACGAGAGAGUUUUGCGAAUGGUAGCGACGAUGCAGAGCAAGAACACCAUGCCAACUCACGACGGAGUCAGAAUGGCUUGAGAAUUUUUGACAACGAAUCCCUCGAGCAAGCUACACCAUCAUCAUCCCCAAAUCCUCCAUCACGAAGCACGAAUCGAAGCAGUAGUCCCAUUCAAUCUCUCAAACCCUCGCGAACCUCAUUGGACGGGAGAUCGCCAUCCUCGGAUGCGCUUCCGCUGUCGUUUGCUCCGACAAAAGACGAAUUUGAGGCAUUACCACUCACCAUUCAACGAAAGUACUUCUCCACACUCGAGCGCCUCCGCAUCAUUCGCAAUCUGGAUUAUCAACUAGUAGAUGAGUUUGGCCAAGAAGGACCUGAUGGUAUUUCUGCGUCAUUGUCGGGCAACGAGGAAAAUAGGCGACCAACCCUUAAACUUGGUUUCGGCCGGGACGAACUUGAGAACGCCCUUCAUCGUCGGUGUCAGAGCAACCCGUUGCGGAUCUACGCCCAUCACGAGAAUCGGCUCAGGAGGAAUCGCCAUCUCAGUCACGGCCAGUUAAGAAGACACAAAUCGAGCCAGAGUGUGAUACUGGAUGCAACUGAGGAAUCCAUCAUUCGAAUUGGAAAACGACAAUCACAAUUUGACAGUCUGUCAACAGGCUCUGCAAGCCCAAAGCCGAAAUCCGGCAAGAUGGUUUCUUUUACGAGCGAAGCGACGCCUGUUGGCUCUGAUCUGAAGUCCACCGCCGAUUCCAUGUAUGAGUCGUUUCGCUGGUUGGAGGAGAGCGAGGACCUGGAUUUGAGAUUAUGCCUGGAUGACUACCAUUCCAAUUUGCGAGGCGAAGACGUGCCCGCUCAAAGCAGAUACCGACCAUCAUUCAGGCGACACCUGUCGAUUUCUAAGCUCCCCUUUAGCAGCCGGACUUCAACUACACUGAGCCGACCAACGACAAAGGAUACCACUGCCAGCCCGCCGUUGAUGGCGUCCCCGAUUGCCUCGGUUCCAGGCUCACCUGUACAUGGCCAUGUUCGACGACGAUCACGGGCAUUGUCGCUCAUUUCGCCUAACAAGCAUCCAGUCCCAGAUGCAUCCGUCUUGAUUGACCCUGCUGCGGCUCAUUACCAGGACCCAGACGCAAGGAUGAAGCUUCGGGUGUACCUGGCAUCCCCGCACAAGUUCGACGAAGCUGUUGAGUUUGGAUUUCCAUCAAUUGAGGAAGUGCAAAGCAACGAGAACACAGGGCAUAAGAGGGAAGCUUCGCAACAAGUAAAGUCAACCAGCACUUUGGGCAGGCCAGACAACUUUUUGGAAGACGGCAAAUCGUCAAUUUACAGCGACGAAGCCUCAACUGCGGAACCUGACUCGCCCAGGACGCCAGAGGCAAUGGAAAAGCCAGCACCCAUUAAGCCAAUCCAUGUGAGCCAGGACAAGGACGUCAAUGCAAGCAAGGUGGAUUACGCCCAAGCGCCGGCAGCAUCUCGGGAGAUGACUCUGCGAAUGACCUUGACCCGACCGGAUCUUCGAGCUAACGAGGAACAAAUCUACGGUUGGCAGAAGAGUUCCCACGGACGCAAGUCACAGACCAGAGACGAGCCAGUGCCAGUAUCGCCAGUCUCAGCCACCAGAGAAGGUCAUUCGAAGGAGAGCAUCGAGCGCCAGUUUGCUGCCAUGGAUCAAGAGGACUUGUUGGCAAAUGACAAUGGUGUUAUGAAGCGAUUCUGGAACCGUGUUCGGCGGACAUAG